AUGCUUAAAGAAGACUAUGGUUACCCAGAUACUAUUGACUUUAGUGACAGAUAUAAAGAAGCUAUUCGAAAGUUCAAUGAAGGAAAUACUGACCCGAACCUAUUUAGCUUUAUGGCUCAACACCAAAUCGGAUAUAAUUUCAAACCUGGAAAAUACAAGCUCGCUAAGGGAUAUGAUUUAAUAGCAUAUCAUCCAAAUGACAUGAACGAAUUUACUCCGAGAUAUUUGGUGUCAGAGCUAAAUGACAAUUCAACUAUCUUCAUGAAACGCGUAAAAAAUAGAGACGGAACGAAAGAACAAAGGCUUAUGAAUGCGAAUGACUUAAAUAGGGAACUUGUUGAAAACGGUAUCGGAAUAUAUGAAAUGCCAGCAGAUGAGGUACAAGAAACUCCACAGGAAGAAGUUCAGAUACAACCAGACAUGGAAGAAAUAGUUCAGCAACAACAGCUAGAAGAGCCUGAAGGAAACGAACAA